AACCGAUACGUAAACAGAUCGUCGCGAGACUUCGGCACUCUUUGAUAAUAUGUCAUCUCGCUUGCUCUUUAUUCGUAGCAUGUUACGGUCGUGCGGGAUAAGGAAUUAUGUGGCAAUGGCGCACGUGUUAGAAGUCGAGAUGCAGCUCACACGCAUACAAUCAAAACAUUUUCGUUUUUGAUUGUGUACGUGUGCCGCGUCUCGAAUCGGGAAGGAGUCGGCCGAUAUUCUCUUGUUUGGAAACAGUCUCCGUGUCAGAAGAAAAGAAGACUGUGUCAGCCUUGGUCUUUUCGGUGCCUUGGUGAAGAAAAGAAUGAAGAUCAGUGUUACAUAUAAAGUGCUUGCUUGUAGUAAGAAUACCAAGAUCAAAAAGGCAAAGGCUCUAUAUAUAAGAGAAAAAUGUCAGCGCCGGAGGCGCCGGUACCGCCAUUGGUUUACCCGGCAGAGACCGCGGCAAAUAAUGCGCACAUGCAGAAAAAGUUAUAUCAUAAGGAGCGGCGGGCGCGGCAGCGGCGCAAGAAAAUGUCACGCCUACCAAGGCCUAUACCCCCGCCCGUUAGAUACGUUAUCCUUCCAGCAUCGGCUGGAUACAUUCCCGCAUCAGCAGGGUACGUUCCCCCACCAGCAGUGUACGUCGCCGUGUCAGCAGGAUAAGUUCCCGCACCGAUCAAAAGAUAUUUUUGAGAAAAACAACUAAUACAUAUUAAAACUA